AGGUUUUUCUCCUGGUUCAGACCCCAGAACCUCCUCAGCCUGGUUGUAACAUUUUCCCAGUUUGCUGACAGUUAGCUCUCACUGCUAAUGGCCAACAGCUUUAGCUGUCCAGAUUUAUAAAUAGUUGAGAGGCUGUUUGUUUCAUCCGUCUGACACUCGACACCAAAGGAUCUCGCAGACCCGCAUGCUAGUUGAAGCCCUCAUUCUGUCCCCCAUGGUGGACACUCUCUCUGGGACAAGUCCUCUAUUUCUGUCUGGUCUCCAGCCCCGGGUUCCGCUGCCUUCCUCUGGUCAGAUGCUCAAAGACCUGACUGUGGACUAUAAAGAGGAUUUUGCUUUGGAUUGUUGUCAGUAGAAAGAGCCAGAGCUGCCAGUGUGGGGGGGCAAGUGUGAGGUGACAGGGCAGGAUCAAAUCAGUAAGGCCUUCCUGGGGAGACAGAGCCUUUUGAGGAUUUUACAACAAGGCUCAGACUAUGGAUUAUAAAACUAAAAGGUGAACAACAAAUUCUGGGAUUGUAUGGACAGAGGCCAACUAAAAGGCACGAUGCCUUAGGAUUGUCUGGCUGUACAAAAUCCUGACCAGGAGCCCCAAACUCUGGGUCCUCCAGUGCCAGCAGCAGGCAGAGUGUAUAAUUUUGAGGUCUGUGUUUGCAUGAAUGACUGAGGAACUGAGGACGGAGCUCAUUGUUAGCGAGCCAGCAUCAUGACCUCAGUUGAGAAGCGCCGCUCGGGCCGAAAGAGUGGCGGGCAUCGAAAGCACAGCGAUGGAGGCUACAGCGAUACCUCCAGUGGUGGGUCGUUUCUGGAUGAGACUGACCGUGAGGUCAGCAACCUGACAGAUCGAGCAUUCAGAAGUCUCUGCAUCGGAGAUGAAGCUGUUUACAAUGACUCAGACCUUUGUUCAUCUUCACCCUGCAGCCAGAGAGACAGACAGCUGGCCUUUAGCCAGAGUGGCCAGGACAGAGAGGACAGAGAGAGGGAGGAACUUAAGAGAGCUGCACAUGAGAGCUUCACCCUCAGGGUGCAGCAGUACGGACAGAACUGGAUUCAUGGAGGAAUGUACGGGGCUGAGAUCCACAGAGAUCCACAGUGGGAGGUUUACGGGGAAAGGACACAGGGGAGGGUUUCUGCCACAUUCCAGCAAUCCUUUGUGGAAACUUCUCAACAGGAGAAAUCUCUGAGGGAAGAACAGCUGUCCUUCCUCAGCAAUGGAGCCACAGAGUUGAGUUCACAGCAACGCAGAAGCCGCUCCAGAGUUUCCUCCCUCAUCAGAGCUUUUAACUCUGAGGGGCACAGGGAUGGAGCAGGGGUGGAUGGAAAACUCAGGGAGUGGAAUGAUGAGACAAGCUGGGACAAAUCAGCUCUGAUGAGCAUCCAAAGGGAACUUUCUGAAUUCUCAACAUCAUACCAGCAAAACUUUAACAGCGAGCAUUUCCCCUCAGCUGGCCCGUUCUCAUCCCGGGACACCAGCUUCUACUCCUCUGAAGUAGCAGCAGUGGCUCGUAUGAAUUCUGCAUCCUCUUUUAUGAGCACUUCCCACAGUAAACACAGCAUGUCCACACAGGUCAACUGUAACUCUAACUUCUUUAUACACAGUGAGUUCAGUCCCUUCAAGGUAUGGAGGGACCAUAACAGGUUUCCUUUUCAACAAGGAGAAGUCUCAGGGUUUAUGCACUGCUCAGAGUUUCCUAAAUGGUACGAGACACCAAUGUACAAGGAACUUUCACUGGAGGCCCAACCACAGGGUCCUUAUAGGUUUGAGGAGAGGGGUAUCAGACACAUGAGGAAUAACUUGGCGCCAGUGGUUCCUCCCACUCCUCCACGCGCCACAUCAACAUCCACAAUGCUGCAGAAAGCUUCAGCUGUGGAGAAACGCUGUGAGUCGGAACUGGCAGGUCAUUACCCCCACAGGAAGCGGACGCAGAGCCUGGGAACUAACAGGCUCCCAUCCCAGCGCCCUUCAACUGCUUCGCCUACCAUCGAGAUGUCUCGACGUGUCCGGGACACCAUCAGCUCCGUGAAAGCCCUCCAGCAAAAAAUCAAAAUGAUGACAGAGCAAAAUAUGGCAACAGGGAUGACAGCAAAUCAACAAGGAGUACUUUAUAGCACUGAAAAUUUAACUCCCUUUGGCAACAUUACAGAAACAGUGGCACCAAACGUUGUCAGAAGUAACACAAGCACAACUCCCUUCAGCAUCAGUCAGCUGCUCACACCUUCAGUCCAUGCACAUCAAGAAGCCGAGAUAUCAGCGGUCCGACAAUUGCCAGUUUCCCCUCAACCUGUGGAACAUCCUCCAGUGCGAGCUGAAAGCAGGGGAGCCAUUCCAGAUGUUAGGAUGUCCAGCUACAAAUCCAGAGCCAGUAGCCUACUCUUCAAUCUCAAAGACAACAGGAAAAGAGUGAAAAACACCUACAGUCCUACCAAAUUUAAAGGCUUGGAAACACUGGAGAAAAACAGACAACCAUCUAUCCAGGAGCCCAGAGACACUGUAAUAGACAUCCCUGAUUUUCCAGAUGCAGACAUUCAGUUUACCCAGGCAGAGGAAUCCAGCAGGGCACAUGCUGCCUCACAUCAAUAUGUAAACCAGUAUCAAAGCCCUAGACUGGCACUUGCAACACUAAAUUCUCAACCUGCAACAGCACAUGCAGGCCAGUAUUCAGAAUACACUUUAAAUGAUUACCAAACAGUUCAAUUGCAAGGUGAGAUGGUUCAUCACUCCGGGUUCACUGGCUUCAUGCCUGAAAAUUAUACCAACAAUCAGCUGGCCAAUGGACAGAAUCUCCAUGAAGACUUAUUGUCAUUUACUCCCUAUAAACAAGGCAUGAUAGAUAAUGUAGAAACUCUGGGAGGGGAUGCAUGCAGGCUUAAACCAUCAUAUACAGCUACAGAUAAGCCAUGGCUAAAUGCUGACAACAAUCAAACCAGAGAAUACUUCAUAAGUAAGGCAAAUGCUGAGCAACAUUUUAAUGAAACUGUGGGAAGGGAAUUCACAAAGGUGGAUAGAUAUCAGCAGCUCAAAGAGAACAAACACGAUUACAGUAAUGUGUCCUCACAGGAUAGGUGGAGACAGACAAACAGCCAAGGCGCAGAAAGGCUCAGUCUGAAAGCAGCUAUCUCUCCAUGGAAACAAGAGAUAACUGCUUUAAUGGAAAAAGACCAACAUGCACAGGCUUACCCAAGAGCAGCCACGAUAAAGGAGGAACUAAAUUUACCCAGAGACAAAUACAGAGGAGAAAAUCAGCAAAGUAUAAAUAAAGAAGCUGAAAACAUAGAGUUGGGGCAGAGUUUUGGUGUUGGAACAUCUCAUAAAAAUACUGGGUUGGUCAAUCCCAACAUUUCAAACCAACUUCCACAAUAUGCUCCAUUUAGUAAUGAUUAUGUGGAAAAUCACGCUUAUUAUGGACAACAGCAACCUGGAACAAUUAGGGACAAAUAUGUUCUUCAGAAGUAUCAUGGACACAAUGAGGAAAAUGAAAUGAAAGAAACUUAUUUGACACAUGAUUAUAAUAUGUAUACUGCUCAGGAACACCAAAACCUACACACCCUCUAUUCUAAUAAAGAUAAAACUAUGCUCACGCAAGAAACAGGUCAGAGAAAACAAUAUACGCCAGUUCCAAAGGGACAUGAAAUGCAAAGUCUCCAGCCAGCAAAAGCCAAACAGUUUGAACAUAAUAUGCAGAAAAAUUCAUUAGCUAAUCCUGACAAUGCAGCUGCCCCCGCAAUGGCAAACCAGGUGAAGGAUAAACAGUUUGUUGAGGUCAAGGCUGAACAGGCCACGGCAGAACAUAUAAAAGCACAACACGCCCAAGCAGAGCUGGCAAAAGCUCAGCACUGGGCUCAAGUGGAGCAGCCCAAAGCAGAGGUUAGGUUAAUUUUAGCAGGGCACACUGGUUCAGAGAAAGUCAAGGCAGAACAGGCCAAAGCAGAACUAACAGAACGUGAGAGAGUAAAACAGGGUAAAGCAGAACCUAUUAAAGAGGAGAAAAGAAAAGGGGAACAGAUAGAACAGUCCAGAGAAGAACAACCAGAGCAUGCAAGAGAGGAGCGGACAAAGGUAGAGCAAACCAGAGCACCUAAGGUAGCAGAAGAGCCAAGAAAUAUUACAGAGGAGGCAGGAGCUGUGCACGGAGCUGUGCACAUGAAAGAGGAGCAGGGUGAACAGGUCAAAGCUGAACAAGCUAAAGGAGAAAGGCUAAAAGAAGAACACAUAAAAACUGAGCUGGCAAAGGCAGAGCAGGCCAGAAUACAGCAAGCUGUACAGGCCAGAAGAGAAAGGAUCAAAGUAGAGCAAGCUGAGGAAAAACAUGUAAGGACAGUGCAAGUUGAAAGAGAGCAGAGAGCAGCAGAACAUCAGCAGCAGAAUAUCAGAAUAGAUAAGACUGAACCAGAACAGGUUGAAACAGUGCAUAGAAAAGGAGAACAAGCUAAACAAGACCAAAUAAGAGAGCAACAAGCUAAAACAGAACAAGAAAACAUAAAGAUAUUUGAAAUUGGAAAGGUCGAAGCAGACUGCAUUAAAGUUAGAGAUGUUAGACAAGAGAAACCUGAGGAAGAGUCAAUUCAAGAGGGUCAAGUAAAUACAGAGCAACCUGCAACACAUAGAAGUAAACCUUACAAGCCAAGAAGAGAAGAGAGCCACUCAGAGCAGACAAAGUUAGAGCAAAACAAAGUGGAGCUGGCCAAAGCAGAUGUAACAAAACCAGUGAACUUGCAGGAAAGGUUAGUUAAACCUGGAGCAAACCCAGCAGUGACACAACAAAUCAAAAGUGAGCCAGAUAAAGUUGAACGAGUUAAGACAGAGUUAGCUAAAGCUAAAGCAGAAUUGGCCAAAAUUAAGGAGAAAAUGAGAGGAGAGCAAAAAGAGAAAGUCAGAAAUACUGUCAUCAUAAAAGAAGAUGAUGUUACAACGAAAGAUGUUCCUUUGAGGGCAAAUAUAAAUAAAAAUGAGGUUUACAAAAAGCAGGAUUGGGCAGCACAAAUGCAUCAACAGAAGGAAGACUCAGUGGUCAGCAGAAAGGGUAGAGAUCAACCUGAUAGAGGGGCUGAUGAUUAUGACGACCUAAGAGAGAAAUAUGGUUUUACUACUGCAGUUUCAACAAACAGAAACAAAGUGUCAGCUGUAGGAAAUGAUUCUUCAAAUGAUGCCAGUGAAACAUCAACUAUAUCUCUUGACAAAGUUGAGACAGUGGAUAAAGAGAAAUCGAAAGACAGACAAAGUCCUACAAGCAGAUUUGCAACUCCUAACACGGAAAAUAAGGUAGGCGUAGGCAGCUUUAACUUCAGUGAGAUGACAGACAGUCAUUAUGUUUACAGUGAGUCAUCCAAAGAAUUCAAAUUAUCCAGUUCUAAUUAUUUACCUACCCAUGUAGAUAAUAGAGCAAACUGCGAUGCUGUUGCUGAUCAAGUGAAGGAUAACAGUGCUGAAAAGUUGGAAAAAUGUGACCCUGUCAAACACACUGAUGUUUCACAGCACAGAGAUUCAGAUAUGACUAAGCUGCUCCCACUUGAAAGAAAACCUAAGUCAGCUGAGCACAGUGUAGGUCCAGGUAAAGAUCAGCAUUUUACGCCUCCCAGAGCACUGUCCCUUAAAGAAAGAGUGCAGACCAAGCAGGAGAUUCUGACCUCCAAAAUAAAAGCUCAUGCAGAAAAAGAGAUUUCAGCAAUUAAAGAAAAGGGUUUUGCUAUUAGAGAUGGGUUUAUAUCCAAAAAUCCCACAAAGCAAUUAGCAGGUAGUCAGAGUAAUUAUAUACGACAGAGGCCACCAUCACAGGAGGUGUCUAAAAAGCAUGAGAGCACAGUGUCAAGUAAUAUUACACCAAAGCACCAGAUGGAGCCUUCAGGAACACAUGUGGAACCAGUCAAGUCUGUGUCAACCUCUAGCUCUGCUACAACAGCAGUUAAGUCUGCAGCAACCACUGGUCAGUUAGAAGACCAUUCACAGAAAGAUGUUUCCAAAGAACCAGUGAAGAGCAAUGCCAAUGCGCCCAAACCACCCAAAGAUGCAAAACAGACAGGAAGUUAUACCACAAGCACUGACGAAGGUGUGGUAGAAAAUCAAAAGGAAGAGAAUCGAUCAGGAAUUAAGCUUCCAAAGCAAGGUCAAGAGCAGAACAACCAAGGAAAACAGGAAGUAAAUCAUGGUGCAAACUCUGGAAAACAGAAACAGGGACUAUCUAGUCUCUAUCAAGACAAUCUUGCCAUAAGCAAAGACCAUCUGUAUAAGAAGAAAGAGGAUCCACCACAAGCUACAGCUCUGGUCAAAGCUGAAAGCUCCAAAUCUUUGAUAACAGAAAAGCCUGAGAGUAAACAUGAAGCAGUUCAUGAGGACUCACCACCUUCAAUAAAUUUUGUCUUUGGUCAGAACAAGACCCCUGUGGUUGAUGACAGCUUGCAGAUUAUGGGGAUAAUGGUAACUGUGCGGGAAAGAAGGCCAUCUGAGAACAAUGGUCAAGGGGAUAACCAAGAACAAAUAAGUUCAAAAGAGAAAGAAUGCAGUAAUUCAGAGCUAGAUAAGCAUCAUCCCAGCUCAGGUCUAGAAAUAAGUCAAGUAAAUAAAUCUUCAAAAGAAGCAAAGCCAAAAGACAGAGUUGUACAAGAAACUAAUCCCACAGCGAAGGAAGCUCAAACUACAGUUGGUGUGAAUAAUAAUCCUGAAAACAAGCAAGAAACUUCAACCCAAGAGACAAGAAAAAACAAUGUGUCUGAGAAUGUGACAGAGAAAAGGACAAAUGUCCAGGAGAGUUCCCUUUUAAAUGCAAGAUCCCAAAAGGAAACACAACUUCAAUCACCACUGACUGAAAAAGGUGUGCCACCAAAAGUCACUGUACCUGCUAAAAAUAAAGUGUUGGCUGAAUCUCAACCCCUUCUCAACAAUCAGGACAUGAUAUCAAAAGAAACAAAAGACGACUCACAUAAAACGGCUAAAGAGAGCUCAGCAAAGAGCACAAGGAAAGAUGAAGUAAAGAGGAAAACAGAAGAGAAAAAUCCACAAAAAACACAAACAGCACAAACCAAUGAGAACCUCAUGGCCAAGCUGGAGAACACAGGAAUCAAAUGCAAGAAUGAUCCCAACAGAGCUGAAGAUCUGAUAAAACAUGAUGUCCACCUAUCAGUGACAGAAGAUAUGACAACUGUCAUAAAUCCAUCCAAAAGCAGGAAAACAGGUGGCAAGAGUGCUCCCCUACUGGAGGAAAAGAGACAUGACUCAACACCAUCAAAGCCAUUCAACAAAAUGAAUCCAUCUCACCAUUUAACUGAGAAUCAGAACAAACAAUCUCCAAAUCUACAGUAUCAAGAGACACACACUGGAGAACAUAAUCAAGUGGAUGAAGAUGUGCAUAUUGACAGCAUUGCCAUCAGAGUUGUGCCAGCAGUAAGUGAGAAGGACAACUUAAAAAUGGCAGGAAAAUAUCAUUUCCCAAAUGUCCCUUCUGAUGUGGCUUUAGGUAAUGUACAUAAACAAGUUGUAUCAUCUAGUUGUGAAGAAAAAGUGAACAGUUCAAACAGUGAAGACAGAACCAAAGACCUCACUCCAGCAAGCAGUGAGAAGCAGAUGAAAGAUGGUUUGGAAGACAAAUCAGGAGAACAGUAUGUGUUGUCCAGUGUGAGAAACUUGUCUGAUUCACUGAAAAUCAGCUAUCAACAGAACAGCAUCAGUGCACCUAGUGAGAAUAUUCAAGCUGAAAAUGGAAAGCCUGAAAAUACAAAGGAAGGUGGGCAAUCUGUAGAUAAAUCAAUAGAAGGAGAUUACUUUCAAGUGCAAGGGACAGCAGAAACAAAUAAACCACACAAUAGUGCAAAUGUUGGAGGGACAUUAGAUGGUAUUUCAAAGGGAAGGGAACUUCCAGAGUUACAAGAAAACAAGACUGCUGUGAGCAAUAAGUCACAAGAGGCCAUAAAAAAUGAAGUCUUUGUGUUGGAUCAAAGUGAAAGGAAAACAACAGAAUCAAGUUCAGUGAGUGUUCAGAAUGAGGACACGGAAAAGAAAAACUGGGAAACAGAAGAUAAGCUGGCUUCAAAACACAGUGCUGUUCCCACAGAGAGACAGAGUAAUAGUGAAAUGAUGGAAGCAGGUCAAGCUUAUCACGUCAGAAAACAUCACACAGUGAGCCAAUCCAGUUUAUCAGCAAGGGAAAGACAGAGCUCAAGAAAUUCAGAUCCAACCAGGGCAACUGCUGUCAAGGAGAUACCUGAAGUUAAACCAAAACCAAAAGAAAGGGCAUCCACAAUACCUGAAAUAUCUGCAAUUGCAGACUAUGCCAGAUUAAAAGUAAUUGUGUCAGAGGAGAGGGCAGACAUAAUUCAGGAAUUUCCACCCAACAAAAAGGAGGGAUUCUUUCCACUUAUACAGACUCGUCAUAGCAGACGUCCAGUAUUCACUGUUGACCCAAAAGAUGUCUCUGUGAAAGAGAAAAGUUUACCAAAUAAGACAGAAGUGAGUGCCACAGUGAAAAAAGAGCCCAAAGCAUUAAUAUUUCCCAUUACAGAGAAAGAACACCAAAAGACAGGAAUGUUCAAACUGGGAGAUAAAGAAAGACAAGAGAAAAUGGUUUUAGAUGCCACUGGUGUUUCAGAUUCUGGGGCAAAACCGUCACAGCAUCUCAGAGAAAGAAACAAAUCACUGACAAUUCAUCUCAAGAACCAGGGAAGUGAAGAACAAGUGGCUGGUACUGAUACUCAAAGACUUCAUCAAGUAGAUCAAAGUAGUUGCCCAUCAGACAAUCAUCCCUUGCAAGCAAAAACAUCAUCUUCUGAAGUCAACAGGGCAAGAAAUAUAUCUGAGUUCCAACACCUGAAGUCACUAGAAAACUCCAAUCCACAUGAAAAACCUGAAGGAUUUUCUUCAAAAGCUGAAAGUAUUCCAUAUUCGGAUAAAAAGUCUCAUCAACAACCUGUUUUGGGGCAAGAGCAGACCAUAGAGGAAAGCACAACAACUCUGAGAAUAAAUGAAAAGAUUGAAAAUAAACCCGCUAAUACCAGGGAAGAGAGAAAAGAAAAACUGAGACAAGAAGGGCAUGCAACUCAACAUGAAGAAACCACAGCAAAACAGGAAGAACGAUUGUCCAAGAUAGAAGAGGAGAAGAGAGCAGAAGACAUGAGAAUAAAACACAUUAUAGAGGAGAGUAGAGCUGCUCUGGCUGAAGAAGAGAGGAGAGCUGCUCAGAGAGAAGAGGAGAGGAGAGCAAAAGAGAGGGAGGCCAUAGCUAUUAAGAUCAAGGAGAGGCGGGAAAAACAGAGAGCAGCAGAUAGGAGAGCAGAGGAAGAAAGAAAAGCAAAGCAGAUAGAGGAAGACAGAGCUGCUCAAAAAGAAGAUGAAAUGAGAGCAAAGCAAAGAGAAGAAGAAAAGAGAGUGAAAGAAACUGAGGAGAACAGAAUAAAGACUGAGGAACAGAGGAGAGCAAAGUUGAGAGGGGAGGAAGAGAGGAUAAAAGAAUAUGAGGAGAGGAGGAGGUUGAAACAGCAAGAGGAGGAGAGAGUUGCUCUAGAGGAGCAGCAAAGGAGAGCUGCACUAGAGGAACAGCAAAGGAGAGCUGCUCAAGAGGAGCAGCAGAGGAGAGCUGCUCUAGAAGAGCAGCAGAGGAGAGCUGCACUAGAGGAGCAGCAGAGGAGAGCUGCUCUAGAAGAGCAGCAGAGGAGAGCUGCUCUAGAAGAGCAGCAGAGGAGAGCUGCACUAGAGGAGCAGCAGAGGAGAGCUGCUCUAGAAGAGCAGCAGAGGAGAGCUGCACUAGAGGAGCAGCAAAAGAAAGCCAAUCAAGAGGAGCAGCAGAGGAGAGCUACACAAGAGAAGAAGCAAAGGAGAGCCGCUCAAAAGGAGCAGCAGAGGAGAGCUGCACAAGAGGAGCAGCAGAAGAGAGCUGCACAAGAGGAGCAGCAAAGGAGAGCCACACUAGAGGAGCUGCAAAAGAGAGCUGCUCAAGAGGAGCAGCAGAGGAGAGAAGAGCAGAAGAGGAGAGCUGUACUAGAGGAGCAGCAGAGGAGAGAUUCUCUGAUUGAGGAGCAAAGGCGAGCUAAACAGAUGGAGGAGAAGAUACUUGCUGAAAUUGAGGAGGAAAAUAAAAGAUCUCAGAGAGAGGAGGAAGAGAGGAAAGCUGCUGAAAACUUGCAGCUUGAGGAGAGCCAAGCAGCACUGAAAGAGGAGGAGAAGAGAGCAGCACGAGAACAGAUCCUGGCUCAAAGACAGGAUGAGAUCAGGGCUAAAAAGAGAGAAGAAGAAAAGUUUACCACUCAGAGAGAAAAGGAAAGAGUUACUCAGAUGGAGGAGCAUAAAAGAGCAGCACAGAAGAUGGAUGCUCUCCAGUACUAUGCCAUCACCUCAACAGAAUCAGAGAGGAAACUCAAAGAAAGACAAUUAUCCUCCCCUUUACCUUCCCAACAAAGAAACAAUCCAUCAGGGUUUGAGUCACCCGAGGACCCAGGAUCCCACACAAGGCCUCAUCGGCCACAUGGCCCUGCAUCUCCAGCUCCGACUCUGCCCCGCUCAAACACCUCCUCUCCUGCUCUGGGAGCCAAGCCCUUGAUGUUCAGGGUGAAGGAUAAUACCAUUAGAGGUUCUUCUUUCACCAAAUCAGUGAAACCACGCUUCCAUAAGAACUUUGGUGAGGAUUUCCGAGUGGGUUCACCCAUGGAAAGGGGGUCAGAGAGAGGAGAGGAGGAGCAGGAGAUAAUGAGACGCGGUGCUGGAAAUCCUGUCCAACCUGACACGGGGUCAAACAGACUUUCUGCUAUCAAAGAAUUCUCGACCUUUCAGCCAGCAUCUUCAGCUUCACAUGAUUACUCAGCCUAUCUCCCACAACACAGGCCUUACUCCAGGAGGAGCAUUGUUCUGGAUGAAGAUGACUCCCGUUCUGUCAUCAGCAAUAUGUCAGAGGAUGUGGAGAGUUUUGCCACCAGUGCAGCAGACCUGGCAGAUAUACGAGGCCUUUAUGACUAUGAGAGGCCAGAGUCGGCCUGUAGCUUCAGCAGUGAUGUGUCCCGUUCUUUAGGUAAGCCUCCAGCUGUUCCCCCAAAGAGCGAGAAAGCCUUGCGUAGAGCCAAAAGGUUGACUACUCGGAGGAUAAAGAAGGAGCUGUGCAAAGCUGCAGCAGACAGCCCUGAGGGAGUUGAGAGACCUCUUCAAGAAGUCUCCAGUGGUCCUCCGUCCUCCACCACUGAGGUACGCUCUCCCAGCCGCCAUGCUGUUGCUUCCCCUCAUUUUUCCUCACCUGUUUCCCUCGCUCAUGCUCCAGCAUUGGGGUCUAGCUUGCCUUCUUCGCACACAGAGCACCAAUCCUCUCACCGCUCUGUCCAUGCUUCCCCUCAUGCCACUGGUCCUAUCUCCCUCCCAGUUGCCACGCCUCAUGCUACUGCCCCUAUUUCCCUCCCUGUUGCUUCACCUCAUGCUACUGGCCCUGCUUCCCACACUAUUGCUCCUAAAACAGUUGCUCAUGUUCCCUCAUCUCCCACUCUCCAUCAUACCAACCAUCCAGCUCCAGUGACACAGUACCAUGUAGAGUCAAGAUAUCCCCACCCUCUGACCCAGCGCAAGGUGCUGCAAGACCUCGGCUCUGGUCAGUAUUUUGUGGUAGAUGUACCUGUUCAAGUGAAAACAAAGACUUUCUUUGACCCAGAGACGGGAAAGUAUGUUCAGCUGAAUGUCCGUGAGUCUGGCCAGAGCACCGCCCGACCCCAGCCCCAGCAAACAUACUCACAGCCUCAGCUCCAAUCCCAAAUGCCGAUCAAGUCGCAACAACAGCCCCUCUCCCGGGCAUCUCCAUCUGGCAAGCCCUUCAUGCUUUAUCAAGGUUACCAUGGUUAUUCCCAAGGCUACCAGCCUGCAGGUAUCAACUCCGUACCCCCCCACAGGUCAACAGCCCCUGCAAAUCUCCACCAGGACCAACAGCCUGUCAGGGAGAACCUCAACUACGGACACCCAGCCCCUGAUAUGAGACAGAACUCUGAAGGGCAUCGAUACAGCCCAGAGAAGACACCAUACAUGGACACAGUUAAUAAUACAGAGAAAACAUAUAACACAGUUUACAACACACAUGGCUCAUAUGAGGCGUUCCCAGAGUGUGACACAAACAGCCAGCUUGCAGGAAGCUCAGUUUGUGAAAAUGAUAACUCAGCCCACUCAAGAUAUCAGCCCUGUGAUAUAAUAACUAUGAGUGAACUGGAGGACUUUAUGGAGGUGUCUGACUAGUGAGAACAGAGAUUGAUAGCUUUGACUCAAAAACAUUAAUUAUGUAAUAAUAAUGUAAAGCAGACAAGAAGCUGAAUAUUUGAUAAAGAUACCCAAAGGCACAGUAUGAAUGGAUCAUUAUAUGCAGUAUUUUAAGUAUUUGUAAAUGACUUUUUCAAGUGAAAAUAGUCUCAGAAUGUUUUUGGACUGUAGUUUUAAAAGGUCCCUGUAAUAAGCUGUUAAAUUGCUGCUGUAGCUUUUGGAGCUACACUGUUGUGCUAUUUAUUGUGUUACAGAGAAGUUUACCAUUCCAUUUGACUUUUGAAUGUGAGAAGCUAAGAUAUGUUUCUUGUGUAUACAGUGUGAUCAGUAUCCAGUUGCCUCCUUAGAAAUAUGUUAUCAUACAUUACACAGCAGCAGAAUAUCAACAGUGUUUAGUAGCUUGGAAAAAUCUUGGUCUCUGCUAUGAGCACUGGCAGGCCUGCUUAAGUUUUAAUUCUUUUUUUGUUUGUGUUUGUUGGAGAAAUCCUACUUUUGGCAUUUUGUGAUGCAUGAUAUCUUGUUAAAGGCACAGCAUCAAUCAAAGAUCAGCAGAUGGUGUAGAGCAUAGUUUGUGUAUUCAACCACUGUGUCAAAGUGAAAACAUGGUGAUGUGAUUGUUGCUGUUUUUAAGGUUUAAUUUCAUGCAGUAGUCCAUUUUUAAAGUUGGGAGUUUGUGAGAAUGUUUCUGUGUUGCUGUGAAACAGAGUAGUGUGACAUGGACUUUUUCAGGCAAUAAAAACAAACUUCAUUCAACUAAAUCAUUUUUCAUCAUGAUCACAGUCUUUCAGAAUCACAUUGUAAAGGUUAUAAAUAAAUAUAAAAGAAUUAUAAAAGAUUGUUGCAGUAGGCUAAUUUUAUUUUACUCAAAAGACUGUAAUAAUGAUAACUGCCUCUGGCAUCCUGUUCCUGACUUUUGAAAUGUAUCUUGGGUAUGAAUAACUCAAAAUGAAGAGUCUUUUUACUGCGUGCAUAAGACAAUUACAAAUUGUUAUUGGGAGAGCACAAUAAUACAUCCUGAGAGAGUUCAUAAAAUAACAUGUUGC